CCUCCUCUGAUGAUCCUGCAGCUCUGUGGAUUGGAAACACAGGAACCCGUCGCGUUUCUCCGCGCAGGAUGAGGACGCUAUUUUGAAGCAAAUUAGUGUUAGUUGACUGCACAAGAGGAACCACCUGGACUGUGUUUUUUAAAAAAAAUAUAUAUAUAUUUUAGAUUGAAUUCAUCCUGACUGAAGCAACAUGCAGCAGCCCGAAACACAACAGAGCAGUCAGCAAACAACCACAGAAACUCUGGAUUCUGCAGGUCUCUAUGUCCGCAGAAGGAAGACGGCUCUGUGGGUGACCGUGUCUCUGCUGGCGUUGGCUUUGGUGGUCCUCACCAUCGGUCUCGUCUCGGCCACUCGCACUGACAACGUGUCCGUGUCUGGAUAUUACCCCGGCAUCACCCUCAGUUUUGGAGCGUUUCUGGGAAUUGUUGGCAUCCACCUGGUGGAAAACCGCAGACCCAUGCUUGUGGCUGCAAUAAUCUUCAUCAGCAUUGGAGUCAUUACGUCUUUCUUGUGUGCCAUUGUGGAUGGGAUUAUUGCGUCAGAGUUCAUUGACAUACGGCCUUUGGAGGAGAACAUGUGUGAUUAUUACAGCAGUGGAUCAGGUUACGCCUACGAUAACUACUUUACUGAGCAGGUGGCGUGCCGCUCAUUCAACAAAGCCUGCUCGCUUAGAGUUAGGAGCAACACCUGCUACUGCUGCUACCUUUACUGCGAGAGCUCAGAGUACCACACCCGUUACUACGAGUUCACGGGGGUCAGCGGCUGCUUCGAUGUGAUCCACCUGUACCGACUGCUGUGGGCCUCUGUGGUGCUGAACGUGAUCGCCUUGUUCCUGGGCAUCAUCAACGCCGCCAUCCUCGGAGCAUACAAGGAUAUGCAGAAGCCCACUGCUCAGAUUGCUCCGAGCCCUGCGCCUCCACCCCAUAUCCUCUACAACCCGACCCAGCACAUGCUCUCCUACUCGGGCUUCUGCCCCUCAGGCCAGGCUCUGCCCUCCUACCCAAACUACCCCAUACCCAUGCAGCAUACCAGCAGCUUCCAAGCACCUGCCACCCCCCAGAUGAUCCCUGACGGAGGCUCUGGCGCCAACCCCUCUGAGGAGAGCCAGAGCCAGCAGCCUGCCCAGAUGCCCACACAGCCACCGUCUCAGGGAGCCACCCAGGACCCCGGAGGCUACAUGCUGACCCCCAACGCUCCCGUCCUGUACGGAUCCACCUACAACCCCUUCGAGAAACCCCCGCCGUAUGCCUGCUGAGCCCCGACACACAUACGCACACGAAAGGAGGUGGAGGAGGAUGUCCUCACCUAGUUCAGCACAAGACUUUUUGUAGGUUGUCUUUGUAGAGAAAAAAAGUCAACACAUUUCAUUUCUGUGUCUUGUGGGUUUUAACUGAUCGCAGACACAGACUGAUGGAUGUAUAUCUUUAUGUUUCCUGUGGUUAACUGAGGAAAUCAGCUCAGUUAUCUUUUUCAGCAUAAGAUUAUAAUUCGUCACUCAUAAAGAGUCUAAAACCGAUCAAACGUACUACCCCCAAAGAGCAACUUACCACCUCAGUAUUUCAAAAACAGAAGAAUACACGCUUACUCCUGCAGCUGGUUUAGUAGAUCAGACGCAAGCAAGUAAAGGGAGUAAGCAAACUCCUCAGAGGCUCAAGCUGACACUAAAAUAUGGGAUUUUAUUUAUGAAGGAUCGCUACAAUUCACUUCACCACAUGUUUAGAGCCCAACAUUCCUGCCAUGAUCUCAUCCUCUAACAGUUUAAGCUUAGUCAAGGUAUGAGUCUUUAAAAACAAAAGAGAACAGUAAAUGUCUGAAGUACCAUUUCUGUUCAUCGGGAUUUAAGAAAAUUAAGCCCCUUUUCUCGUUUAUUUUAGGUUGAAGACUGUGGGUUUGCAGAUCAGAUCUGCUAGCCAGCAUUUAUCAAUCUAAAAAUAUUGCCUGCGUUAAAAUUUAAAAGUUAGCAAAUUUCCAAAGUACUCAGUAAUUCACGUCUCAGUUUGUGUCUCAGUUGCUGAUGGACGCUAUGAAUGUACAGUGUGAUUUUAGGACAACGGACUGAUCUAAUGUCUUGUUUAGAUAAUAGCUGUGUAGAUAAUCUUUAAAUUAAAAAGGGCUUUCUUGAAAUGUGAAAUGGAGAUUAGAUGAUAUUCAUGUUGCUCUUAUUUAUUCUUCGUGUUAUUUAAUGUGUACUUUAAGAGUCAAUAUACUGUAUGCAUUAUUGAUGAUGUGUGUAAACUGUUGGGAUUCAGUAUCUGCUGCUAUGAAAUUCAUACUGUUUUGAUCUUUGACCUAUACAUUUGUGCUGUAAGGGCUUUGAAAGAACAUCAAACAAUAGAUUUUGGAAAAUGUGUCCAUUUUCUUGAGAGGAAUACUGUAAUGCAACAUUCAUGUUUGAGUGGUGCACACAGUGACAACCAAAAUAUAAGUG